AUGAACACCAAGAAAAAAGGUGUAGAAAAAUUACAUGGCGAGGAAGUUUUGAAAGGAGAGAGCUGGAAAUUGAAAAAAGAACUGUUGGAGUACUGUCAGAGUGACGUAAAGUUGUUAAGAGAAGGCUGUCUAACAUUUGCCAAUGAUUUUGAGAAGGAGUGUGGUUUUAAUCCGUUGAAAGAAAAUAUUACGAUAGCCAGUGCUUGCCAUAACUUUUGGCGGAAUAACCAAAUGAUUCCUUAUUCCAUUGCCAUUGAACCACCCCAUGGAUGGAGUGUUGUGAAACCUGCUCAAAGCAAGAUUGGGUUUCAGUGGCUGCAUGUCCAAGAUCAGAAGCUCGGUGGGAACAGAAUCAAGCAUGCCGGGAACGGUGGCGAACAAACCCUUAUGAUAGAAUCGUGGGGAAAAGUACGUGUAGAUGGCUACGAUCCGAUUAAGAAGUCAGUGUACGAAUUCCAUGGGUGUGAGUUCCAUGGAUGCAAAAGAUGCAAACCAAACAACCGACAUGUCAAAACUUGGCACCACCCUGACCGCACCGUGGAUGAAAUGUUUGAAUUGACGAAAAAGAAGACAGACGUGUUACGGAAAGCAGGUUACACCGUGAAAGAAGAGUGGGAAUGCAAUUUUAAACGGAAGCUUGCAGUUGAUCCAGAGUUACAAGACAUGGUGAAAAAUUUAACGUGGAUGGCUCCAUUAAACCCAAAAGAGGCAUUUUUUGGUGGACGUACGGGAUCAAGUUGUUGCUACAUUAAAGCUGAAAACGGUGAAAUUAUCGACUAUGUGGAUUACACGUCCUUGUACCCCUGGGUCAACAAAUAUGGAACGUACCCACCAGGACACCCGCUCAUCAUGAAAAAUCCAGUGGAUCAAGACAUUCAAAGUUACUUUGGUGUAGAAAAAGUGGAUGUCUUGGCGCCAGAGAAACUGUUUCAUCCGGCGUUACCCAUGAAAAUCGGUGAAAAGUGUAUGUUUACUCUGUGUGCUACCUGUGCCCAAGAACAGCUAGAGCACCCUUGGCAUGAAAGAAACAAUUUAUGUCCACACCGUGAUGAGGAAAGGAAAAAUGACUGGUACUUGGUGUACAGAAGAACUCAAAAUGGCCGCACGUAA